CUGCAGUCAUAAAAUAUAGAGUUUAAGAACACGUCAUAAAACAAGUGGUACAGUCGGUAUUGUACACCACGUGGAGUAGACGUUGCAUUUUAUAUUAAAAAGUUAAAAAGUUAAAACAUUUCAAUAGAACAAUGGUGUUAGAUUUAGAUCUAUUUCGGAAAGACAAAGGUUUUGAUCCUGAAAAAAUACGUGAAAAUCAAAAGAAACGUUUCAAGGAUGUAGCAUUGGUAGAUUUGGUUAUUGAAAAAGACAAAUAUUGGAGACAGCUGCGUCACCGUGCUGACAAUUUAAAUAAAGUUAAAAAUUUAUGUAGCAAAGAAAUAGGUGAAAAAAUGAAAAAGAAAGAGCCGAUCGGUGACAGUGACGUAGUACCUGAUGAAAUAUCUAACAAUUUAGAUAAUCUUGUAUCUGACAAUCUCAAACCAUUAACUGUCAAACAGAUUAAAAGUAUUCGUGCUUUGAUUGACACUGCUAUUCAAGAAAAUGUUGAGAAUUUAAGUUUAACUGAAUCGGAAAGAAAUAGUGCACUUAGAGAAGUAGGCAAUCAUUUACAUGAAUCUGUACCGGUCAGUAAUGACGAAGAAGAAAAUAAGAUUGAAAGAACUUAUGGAGAUUGUACGGAAAGAAAGAAAUAUUCUCAUGUAGAUUUAAUACAUAUGAUUGAUGGAAUGGAUGGGGAACGUGGAACUUCAGUUUCUGGUGGAAGAGGAUACUUUUUAAGUGGACCUGCUGUUUUUCUUCAACAAGCGCUUAUAGAUUUAGCGUUAAAAAAAUUAUUUGACAAAGAUUAUAAACCAUUGUAUACCCCAUUUUUUAUGCGCAAGGACGCGAUGCAAGAAGUUGCCCAACUUUCUCAGUUUGACGAAGAAUUAUAUAAGGUCAUUGGUAAAAGUAGCGAACGCAAUGAAGAUAAAGAUACAGAAGAAAAAUACUUGAUAGCUACAUCGGAACAACCCAUUGCUGCCUUUCAUAGAAACGAAUGGAUUUCAGAAAAUGUUUUACCUGUUAAAUUUGCUGGAAUUUCUACUUGUUUUAGGCAAGAAGUUGGAUCGCACGGUCGAGAUACUAGGGGAAUUUUUAGAGUUCAUCAAUUUGAAAAGGUAGAACAAUUUUGUUUAACUUCACCUUACGAUAAUAAGUCGUGGGAAAUGAUGGAAGAGAUGAUAAAUAACGCAGAAGAAUUUUAUAAAGAACUUGAAAUACCCUAUCGCAUUGUGAAUAUUGUUUCUGGUGCUCUUAAUCAUGCAGCGUCUAAAAAACUUGAUUUAGAAGCAUGGUUUCCUGGUUCUGGAGCAUUUCGUGAACUCGUAUCCUGCAGUAAUUGUUUAGAUUAUCAAGCUAGAAGACUUUUAGUUAGAUAUGGUCAAACUAAGAAAAUGAAUACAGCAACCGAUUAUGUUCAUAUGUUAAACGCAACAAUGUGUGCAGUUACUCGUGUAAUAUGCGCGAUAUUGGAAGUACAUCAAACAGAAACUGGUAUUAAGGUUCCAAAGGUUCUUGCCCAUUAUAUGCCUUCCAAAUACGAAGAAGAAAUUCCUUUUGUUAAGCCUGCACCGAUCGAUGAGGCUGAAACUAAAAAACAAAAAAAGCAAAAAGAACAUGCUGCAUAAUAAAUUCAAAUGGGGUUAUAACAAAUUUAUGCAAU